AUGCCGUCUGUCGUGAUCGCGAUUACACCACGAGAGAUGGGCAGAGUCCCUGGCAUCCCACAUGGCCUUGUCCACAGCGGUAUCAAGUUUGAGCCCACUAUGGUAGAGAUAGCAAGACCAGCCAUGGAAACAAACGCAAAAGACAAGUACCUACCAUGCCACGGCGGUCUGUUGAUCGGCAUGGAGUCCAGCACCCGGGAUGACUGUAUCGCCGAGUUUGCCAGCAUGUUUGAACAUCAUACCUACGGUCGAAUUGGCCGCAGCCGAGUAUGUGUGUCUAGAACAAAAACGAUUGUCCACCAUAUCCUAUCCAAGACGGCAGGCGAGCUAGCCAGCUCCCUCUCCUACAAUGAAGACGGGAAUAGUGGUAUCCACAGAGUCAAGCAUGGCCCUCCCGAGCUUGAUAAGAUUUUUGUUCUUUUGGAGACAUGCAGCAGCUCGUUUGAUAUUAGCCGUGUUGUGGGAGAGUCUGAUUCGCACCUCGUGAACGCUGUUUCGGUUGACGGCAGCUCCCUUGCCGGCAUUGAACUCGGGAAGUCUUCUAACUCUGCCACAACCUCAGUCGCUACGUCUAUGGCUCUGGAGCCCAUUUUCCUUAAGAUUACAUUCCGCAAGGUCCAUCGAGCCGAAGAAGAGGUUGAGAUUUACUUUGAGAACACUACGUAUUACCGGCCUCACUUCCCUCAGCCUGCAUCUACAGAAGAAUGCUGGGGUGCACUCUGCAGACUUGGUGACAUUAGCAACAGCAAGCGCCAAGCAAGAUCACCUUCGACCAAACCUCAUUCGCUGAAUCAAUUCUCCAACAUUGACAAAAUGUACUUCUCCGUGGCUCUCGUCACCAGCAUUGUUGCCUCCGCUAUUGCAAUUCCCGCCAGCUCUGCCCGCAUGUAUACCGUUGACACCGUCGCCAACGAACUCGCCUGUGUGGCUUAUGACGAUAUGGCAUGUGCCAGACUUGUCUCCAAGCGCUCCGAGGCUGAGCUUGCCAACGAGCUUGCCUGCGUUGUCCGUGGUGACAUGGCUUGUGCCGGCAGCUUCACUGACAAUAUCCCGCGCCUAAGCUCGUCGAGAAACGCGAUCCCAAGAUGGAGCAGCUCGCUAACGAGAUCUUCUGCGUCGCUCGUGGCGACAUCGCCUGUGCCGGUCUCGUCGCCAAGGAUUGAGACACCGCUGGUGUUGUCAACGAGCUCUCUUGCGUUGCCCGUGGCGAUAUGGCCUGCGCUGGUCUUGUUGCCUAGAAGGCUUAACAAUAGAUUCAGCCAGAGAGGGAGCCCAGGCUGUCCACAUGUAUACAACAAUCUGCCGCGGGUGAGGAAGAACCCGCCAUAUGAAUACAUCACACUUCGGUAUGGUCCCAAAGUGAGACCUCAAUAUCAUACUUAA